GUCCCUGACUGAAUCUCAGAAACUCCAGAGCCGCCUGCCAACAAACACCACACCAGGGCAGCGCCAAGACCGAGGCUGACGCUCGCGCUCUGACACUCGCGCUUGUGCUCUCGCGCUCUGACACUCGCUUUCGCUCCCGUGAGGCUUCACCCGUAGGAGGAGGAGGUGCUGCUCCAUCAUGCUCAGGCCCAAGGACCUUUGUCAGGGUUCCGGCACCAAGACCUUCUUGGACGCCAUGAACAGCGGCAAGGUGCACCUCGCCCGCUUCGUGCUGGACGCCCUGGACGGCCGCAUCAUCAACUCCAAGACGGAAAGCAGCCGCACGCCUCUGAUGUACGCCGUCAGCCUCCAGGACCCGGGGACGAGGUCCAAGUUCACGCAUCUCCUUCUGGAGAAAGGAGCCGACGUCAACAGCCGAGACGAACACGGGCGCACGGCCCUCAGCCUGGCCUGCGAGCUGGGUCACCUGGACGCCGUCAAGAUCCUGGUGCAGUUCAACGCCGAUCCAGAGGUCACCGACACCUGGGGCAACAGUGCCUUGAUGUACGCCGCCUACGGAGGCCACAAUCAGAUCUUGGAGUUCCUGAUGAGAGCCUUCAAGAGGUUCGGCUUGAAGCUGGACCACACGAACCAAGCAGGGCACUCUGCUGUCCAGGUAGCUGAAUACCUGGGACACACCCAAUGCGUUCAGGUGCUCAACGGCGCAGGCAAGAAAGGGACGGGAUCUGCUGAACAGAUGGAAGAAAAGGAUGGAGAACUGCAAGGAGGAGAAAGAGGAGAGACUCGGCAGCCUAAUCGUCUUCCGAAGCAAAUUUUAGAUCGAUUCUCCAACAAGUUACACAGCAAGAACGAAGAACCAGCUCUACCAGCUCUGUUCCAGAAACAGCUCUGGGUUGGCAGUGGUGGCGGUGGCAGUUGUGGCGGUGGGGGAGGCGGUAGUUGUGGUGGUGGAAACCACGAAAGGAGGCGCUUCAGCCAGCAGCAUUCCCCCGACAGAACACACUCAACUUAUUACCAAAGUCUGAGCAGAUUUUCAGAAAGGCGCUUCACGGCGGACGACCAACAAGCUCUGUUCACGUCCAAACAGAUUCAAAACUCCGCGCAGAGAGAGACCUCCGGCACCACCACGAGAAAGCUUCAACUCAACUACAACUCAGAACGCUGCCACAGCGGACAAGUGGGCGAGAAGGAAGACACCAGGGAGAACAUUCCCAUGUGGGGGAAAGCUAAAUCGUUCAACCUGGACCUACGGACUGGCAGGAAGCAGUCUUACCAAGGAGAUCUGCGAGACCCGAGCCUUUCCACCAGCAAACUCAAACGAGCCUCUCUUCAGGACGAGAAAGCACUGGUUUCCAGGUUUCCCUGCCACAGCAGCGCAACUUCCAAAAUACCCUAUUCUGAGAAAGUGACCAAAACACCAACAGAACUUCGUAACGCAGAAGAAGAAAGGGACUCAAAACAGCAAAGCAGCGUCUGCAAAGCUGCCAGACACAACAAGCUGCUCUUGGGAAGAGAGGAAAUGGCAAUAGAGCGCAUUAAAGCUCGUCCGCAGAGCAUCGGAGGACUCGGCACUCGGCUGCUCAGGCGAUUCACGGCGCCGGAGUUCAUGAGGCUGGUCAGGGACUGCCCCUCGGGCACGGGCUUGAGUAAAGGGAAGAUCGCCAGGUCUGAGACCUUCCCUCUUUCACAUGGCCACAAGAUGGUGAACAGCCAGCCCAGCGUGGACAGCAUCAGUGCCGUGAGGUGCGAGUUUGAAGGCAGUCCUCCUGUGUGUCGCUCCUAAAAAAAUAAAAAAUCCUAAUCCACACUGCUUUAAUUCAACAAGGAGUUAAAUUAAUUAAACAAAGAUCAUUAUACGCACUAUAAAAAGGGAUGGGACAAUUGAAAUAAAACAAAACUAGGCAACAAGGCUGUUUUCAGCAAGGUAAAACUUACCACUACUACAUACUACAUAGCUGUGAAGUUACCUAGGCUUUCAGUGUACGUGAAGGAUAUAAUAAAUAUAGUGCAUAUAGUAUAAUUAUUAAUAAAUACAUUUAUGUGUAACAAUUUGUACAUUUGUUUUGAUAUGUUGAUAGUGUGUUUUAACAUGCAUAUUUGCAUAUUUGGUUUGCUUUAGUUCUAUGAAGUCAGACUGAAAGCUUAAAACUUUGUAAAGCACUUUUUACGCCACAGAUUUGAGAUUGUUUAAUUGUCUUAAUCUUAGUCUUUGUACUGUUUUCUCAUUCAAAAUGCUGUUUAAUUCUUUCUAAGUUUAGACUAGACUUUGUCUUUCUAAACUCUGUCUCUGUUUUUUCAGUUUUAGUUAAUUAAACUACUGAAUGUAAACCUUCCUAACUGUUAUUUUUACUCUAUAUGUUUUAUAUUAUACAUUUAUACAUAUAUAUGUAUACAGAUCAUUUUCUUUUAUGUAUGAUUAAAACUUUAAACAUGCUGAUUUAUGUAAAAGCACUGUAAGCUUGUUACAACGUUGAGAGUUUCUGUGUGUGUGUGUGUGUGUUUGUGUAUAGUAGUCUAUAAUAUAUGUUUAAUAUGUGUUUAAUUUGUUUACAGAUAAGAGAGCUAUUUAAAUUUGUAUUUAUAUUUGGAUUGAAAUGAUUAAUAUUGAGAUUAUAUUGAAAUGCCUUGUUUGAAAUGUGAAGCCUUUUAAGCGUCAUUUUGGUAUAUUUAACUAUGCAUACUGCGAAUGUCAAUCAUAUAUAUAUAUGUGUG